UGUGUUCUGCGCCUGCGUACUAGUCUGUGUGGCACUUUUCCUUUGACGCGACGGGCUUGCUGUCAAGAAGGAAACGGACAUCCUUCUGAAAAAUCCGAAACACGGACACGAACAAAAAAAAGAGAAUAAAACAGACUAAAUUAAUAUCAACUUCCCGAUACAUGUAAUUCAUUUCAGCGCAUUUCCCCUGUAUAGGGCUGAUCGUAGUGGACAUGGAUGCCCCUCUUCCCUUUUAACCAGCCCAGCCUGCCCUCUUUCACAGUGCCCCAGCCUGGAUGAAUGGAGAUGAGACAUUGUGGACCCAUCAGCAGCAGUGCUUAGCAUGAACAUCCACACACUGGGUGAUUCUCUGGGCCCUAGCCUUGCGGUGCGUAUGAGUGGAGCCGCCAGUGGCUGGAGCAGUCUCUCUCUGAAGCCAGUGCCUACCGGGUGGAUCCCCUCUCUGUUCCAAACCAUGGUCCCUACGGGAUACACCAAGCUCCAGGAGGAGCGUGGUCUGGCCAUGGCCGACCUGGGGCCCAAACCUGAUGGGAACGGCUACCGGCCUGACCCCCCUCACCUGGAGGUGCGCCGGCACUCGGACCGGGUAGCGCGGACGUCCGUUAGCCUGUCAGACGGUGGGGAUGUGCGGUACUCUGAGACUGAGCCCAUGCUCCCUGAGGGGACACUCUCAGGGGAGGAGGGCGAUGCAGAGGAGAAGGAGGAAGAGGAGAGUCAGAGGCCCCCCACACGGAACAUGCCCAAGGAGUCACCCCUGGCCAUGGCGCUGCAGAUCGUGGUGCCUUUCCUGCUGGCUGGGUUCGGCACGGUGUCAGCAGGGAUGGUGCUGGACAUAGUACAGCACUGGGAUGCCUUUAAGUACAUUACAGAGAUCUUCAUCCUGGUUCCGGCUCUGCUGGGCCUGAAGGGCAACCUGGAGAUGACCCUCGCAUCCAGACUAUCCACUGCGGUGAAUGUGGGGAAGAUGGAUUCUCCCAUAGAGAAGUGGAAUCUGAUCAUAGGAAACCUGGCGUUAAAACAGGUACAGGCUACAGUAGUAGGCUUCCUGGCAGCAGUGGCGGCAGUGGUUCUGGGUUGGAUCCCAGAGGGGAAGUUCCAGAUGAGUCAUGCCGUGCUGCUCUGCUCUGCCAGCGUGGCCACUGCCUUCAUUGCCUCUAUGCUGCAGGGCUUCAUCAUGGUGGGGGUGAUCGUGGGCUCCAAGAAGACGGGCAUCAACCCCGACAACGUGGCUACACCCAUCGCCGCCAGCUUCGGUGACCUCAUCACCCUGGCCAUCCUGGCCUGGAUCAGCCAGGGACUCUACAACUGCCUGGACUCUCACCCGUACGUGUCGUCCCUGGUGUGUGCCUUCUUCCUGUCUCUGACUCCAGUGUGGAUGGUGAUCUCCUCCAAACACCCGGCCAGCCGCACCCUGCUCUACUCCGGCUGGGAGCCUGUCAUCACAGCCAUGGUCAUCAGCAGUAUCGGAGGACUCAUCUUGGACAAAACCGUGUCUGACCCGAACCUGGCUGGCAUCGUGGUGUACACCCCUGUCAUUAACGGUAUUGGGGGGAACCUGGUAGCCAUCCAGUCUAGCCGUAUCUCCACUCACCUUCAUUUCCACAGUGCUCCUGGGGAGGUACCAGAGGAAGCCAAAGGCUGCUACUACCCUUGCCGCACCUUCUAUGGCACAGGAGCCAAUCACCGUUCGGCCCAGGUGCUGCUCCUAUUGGUGCUCCCGGGUCACCUGAUCUUCUUGUACACCAUCCACCUGAUGAAGAGCGGCCACACCACCCUGACGCCUAUCUUCAUGACCGUCUACCUGGCUGCCGCCCUCUUACAGGUGUUCCUGUUGCUGUGUAUAGCAGACUGGAUGGUGUACUCUAUGUGGCGUAGUGGUAAAGACCCAGACAGUUUCUCCAUCCCCUACCUGACCGCCCUGGGCGACCUCCUGGGCACUGCUCUCCUGGCCCUCAGCUUCCAAUUCCUGUGGUACAUCGGCGACCAGGACAGCGACGUGGGUGACUGAGAUGACCCCUGAUCCCUGGUGGAGGGGUCACGCCCGUGCCUCUACCCCGACCCAGAACCCCUACCCCUUCUUCUCUUAUGCCUUGCGGGGUUGUUGACGUUUAGGCGGUUUGCCUCGCUCAGCUAUUGGUCGCUGGAACAUUCCUCUGCCUCUCCUAUUGGGCAGAGUAGCACUUAACAAUAUGCUGAUUGAGCCAAUGAGGAGCUACAGAUGUUCAUUUAGAAGA